GCGUGGCGAGUGUACAUGACGUCUGCUCACUUCCCGGUAAGACCGCGCCGCUACUUCCACUCCAGGCUGCCUAAAGAGGCUCAAAGGAGCAUGGAGAAUCACGUCGGAAGCCACGAAAGUGAGGCGUUUGCCGGCUUCAGCGCGGCGUUCAAGUCGUUCGCCACGGAGGCCAUUCACGUCGGCCAAGAGCCGGAACAAUGGACGUCCAUGGCGGUCGUGCCGCCGAUUUCUCUGUCGACCACGUUUAAGCAACACGCCCCGGGCAAACACGCAGGCUUUGAGUACAGCCGCAGUGGAAACCCGACAAGGAACUGUCUUGAGAAGGCUGUCGCGGCACUGGACGGAGCCAAGUACUGUCUGGCGGUGGCUUCAGGUCUGGCAGCAACAGUCACCAUCACUCACAUGCUGAAAGCGGGAGACGGCAUCAUCUGCAUGGACGAUGUUUACGGAGGCACCAAUCGCUACUUCCAAAGAAUCGCUGCUGAGUUUGGGCUGCAGAUCACGUUGGUGGAUUGUACCAAACUGGAUCUGCUCACGGCGGCCUUGAAGCCCAACACCAAGAUGGUGUGGCUGGAGACACCCACCAACCCCACCAUGAAGGUGGUGGACAUCAGGGCCUGCUCCGACUUGGUGCACCAUCACAACAAGGACAUCGUGGUGGUGGUGGACAACACCUUCAUGUCCGCCUACUUCCAGCGCCCCCUGGCCUUGGGAGCAGAUAUCUGCAUGUACUCAGCCACCAAGUACAUGAACGGUCACAGUGACGUGGUGAUGGGCCUGCUGUCCAUGAGCAGAGAAGAUCUUUAUGACAGACUCAAGUUCCUGCAGAACGCACUUGGGGGCGUGCCCUCCCCCUUUGACUGCUUCCUGCUCAACCGCGGCCUGAAGACCCUCCACCUGCGCAUGGAGCGCCACUUCAAGAACGCCAUGGCUGCUGCCAGGUUUCUGGAGGCUGACUCCAGGGUGGAGCGUGUCAUCUAUCCUGGUCUGCCGUCUCACCCUCAGUAUGAAGUGGUGAAGAGACAGUGCACAGGAUGUCCGGGCAUGAUCACCUUCUACAUCAAGGGCGACCUCAAACAUGCCGAGACCUUCCUCAGUGGGCUCAAAAUGUUUGCAGUGGCUGAGAGUCUUGGUGGCUACGAAAGUUUAGCAGAACACCCGGCCAUCAUGACGCACGCCUCAGUGCCCGAGAAGGAAAGAACUAUCCUGGGCAUCAGCGACACUCUGAUCCGACUCUCUGUGGGCCUGGAGGAUGAAGCCGAUAUCAUAGAAGAUCUGGAUCAAGCACUGAAUGCUGCUCAUCCCAAGAAGAAGUGAAGACCAGUCAGCAUGACCAUCAACACAAAGACUAGUCAGCGUGUCCAGAAACACAAAGACUAGUCAAAGUGUCCAUCAACACAAAGACAAGUCAGCGUGUCCAUCAACACAAAGACUAGUUAGUGUCCAUCAACACAAAGACAAGUCAGCGUGUCCAUCAACACAAAGACUAGUUAGUGUCCAUCAACACAAAGACUAGUCAAAGUGUCCAUCAACACAAAGACUAGUCAGCGUGUCCAUCAACACAAAGACUAGUCAAAGUGUCCAUCAACACAAAGACUAGUCAAAGUGUCCAUCAACACAAAGACUAGUCAAAGUGUCCAUCAACACAAAGACUAGUCAGCGUGUCCAUCAACACAAAAGACUAGUCAGCGUGUCCAUCAACACAAAAGACUAGUCAGCGUGUCCAUCAACACAAAGACCAGUCAGCGUGUCCAUCAACACAAAGUUCUUUACAGCAGAAAAAUGUCACCACACAGAUUGUCAUUUUCACCACAACUACACAACUUGUAUUUAUCUCUCCUGCUUUCCCGGCUGUGCAAACGCAGACAAAUGAUGGACUAAUGUUUUGUAGGGCACAACAUGGUGUUAGCAUGGUGCUACACACGCUUAUUUUGUUUAAUUCGUAGCAAUAACAUCAUAUUCAUGAAAAGAGCAUGUAUGAUAGUUGAAUAAAUUAUGAAAAAUUG